AUGAAAACCCAACAGCUAAGCGAGGAAGCUUGGUUUGGCCUUCUCUUCUGUUGCUCAAUUCGAAACCAUCUUUGGGGUUUUAGGGUUCAAAGAAUCUUCAUUUCUAAACGCUUUCUCUCUCUUCUUUUGCAACAAUUUAAGAAGAACAACACCUUUCUUUGAGAGAAGAAAUUGCAGAGAAAAGAAAAUGCUUAUGCGAAGCGCAUCAACACCGCUCCUAAACUCAUGGAUUCCUCAUUCGAAGGAGCCGUCUCCAGAAUCUGAUCUGAUUCAUCAAAUUCCAAGGACCAGGUCGAUUACCUUAACGGCUUCGUCUUUGAAUUCGUUGUCACCCAUUGACGAUUCAAUCAACAAGAUGACCAGAGCACUUUCGGAGAAUGAUCUCCGGGAGAUCCCAAUGGUGCCGAAGCCAUCGAACCGGAAGAGUUUAGGUUGGGGCUUAAAUGGGUUGUCCACCAUUUCGGUGGAAGAGGAAGAGGAACAAAAGGUGGUGGAUCCUAAGUCGUUGAAGUCCCAGUCUCUGGAACGAUUGUUUUCGAACUCUGGAUUGGAUGGAUCGGUGCUGGAGGCGACCGAUGAAGCUUGUGAAGUUGGGGGUGAUGGUGAUGGUGGUGGUGGUGGUAAAGGGGGAUCACAUGGUAGGGAUGGAAAUGACGGAUCUGGAUUUUCGGGUUCCAAUCACGGGAAUGAUAGAACUGAUGUUUAUUAUCAGAAGAUGAUCGAAGCCAAUCCAGGCGACGCUCUGCUCCUUGGAAAUUAUGCGAGGUUCUUGAAAGAGGUUCACGGUGACCUUGCUAAAGCGGAAGAAUACUGUGGAAGAUCAAUCUUGGCAAACCCGGGUGAUGGAAAGGUUCUGUCGCUCUAUGCAGAUCUGAUAUGGAAUGCCCACAAAGAUGCUCAUCGAGCUGAGAGAUACUUCGACCAAGCAGUUAAAGCCGCCCCUGAUGACUGCUAUGUUCUAGCUUCUUAUGCUCAAUUUCUAUGGGUUGCUGAUGAUGAAGAAGCAGAAGAAGAAGAAGAAGAAGAUGAGGGGCAGGUGAAGGAGGAGGAGAAAAAGGAAGAGCAUGGAAUGAAGAACAUGAAUAUGAUUCCACCAUCAUCACCACCACCAGUUAAAUUCUUCCAAGGAGCCUCUUUACCUAUCACAGCUGCCUCUUAAGAAUAGAAUCCCUGUGUAUAUGUCUCUCUCUCUCUCGCGCGCGCGCGCGCGUUGUAUGUGUAAAAACUAAAGAGUACUAUAAAAGAGGAGAUUAUCAAUCUCUGUUAGGAGUAGUAGUCGUAACAAACAACACUACUGAGUAGAGAUUAAUCUGACUGUAAAUAUUUUUUUGGAAAUCUUAAAAUAUUUGUUUUUUCAUCCCA